AUGCUUGAAGUGCAUCAGAUGUAUGAAGAUAUUUGUUUUCAGUUACCAGUUGAAGGUGAAUCCCCUAGUUUAAUGAAUGUAGAUGAUAGGUAUCAGAAAAAGAUUUCAAACGCUGAAGUUCCUCUAUACCCUGGUUGUACAAAGUACUCAAAACUUUCAACCACCUUAAUUAUGUAUACGUUGAAAGCUGAAUCUGGUCUAUCUAAUUCUGGCUUUGAUAAGUUCAUGAGUGUGUUUGAAGAUAUGCUACCAGAGGCAAAUACUUUCCCCGAGUCACUGUCCACAGUCAAGAAAACACUUAAAGAUUUUGAUUUAGGGUAUGAGAAGAUAGAUGCAUGUGUCAAUGAUUGUAUCUUGUUUAGGGGAAAAGACUAUGAGAACUUACAAAAAUGUCCUGAAUGUGAUGCUCCGAGUCAUCACAGUCAAGAUGGCAAGAUGCGUCAUCCUGUGGACUUAGUUUGUUGGAGUUCCAUAGAUAAAAAAUACCCUACUUUUGCAUCUGAUCCGAGGAAUCUGAGAUUUGGACUUGCAACUGAUGGUUUCAACCCGUUCAGCCCUAAACAACCUGGAAAUGACAUUGAUGUAUACUUGCAGCCCCUUAUAGAUGACUUAAAACUGCUGUGGGAUGGUGUUGACAUGUAUGAUGCCUAUUCUAAAGCCAUGUUUAACCUCAGAGGUAUCCUAAUGUGGACUAUUAAUGAUUUCCCGGCUUAUAGGAAUUUAUCUGGGUUAACCAAUAAAGGAGAAUUUGCUUGUCCUGUUUGUGGUCCUGAAACUUGCUCUUACUGGCUACCACUUGCUCAUACAAUCUUAGAUGUGAAGGAAAAAUCAAAAAUUCGGGUAGCUUCACGUAGAGAUCUAGAGUUACAAGAAUUAAUGGAAGAUGUUCCAGAAGAAGCAAGAGAAGAUAAGCUGGAUUCUUCUGGACCUUACACCUUUACAAAGUCUGAGAAGGCAAAAUUUCUUAGAGGCUGUGGAUGCAAAGGAAGAGAAGCGAAAUUAUGUGGUCCAGUUCAUUAUAGGUGGAUGUACCCUUUUGAGAGAUACAUGAAGGUCCUUAAAGGUUAUGUUAGGAACCGUGCAGCUCCAGAAGGAAGUAUUUCAGAAAACUACUUAGCAGAUGAGUGUGUUAGGUUUUGUGGCAGAUACAUGAAAAACUCAUCUGUGUUUAGUAGUAAACGAAAACGGAAUGAUAGAGUUGAAAACGACACAAUAAUUGAAGGAUCGACACUGCUCAAAGGCCGAUCUUUACAGUUGACUGAUGAAAUUCACAAGGCUGUGCAUCUCUGUGUCCUUAUUAACAGUCAAGAAACUGAACCUUAUAUUGAGGUUCAUAAGGAAGAGUUAAGGUGGUCUGAUCAACAUUUGAUAACUGAUUCAAACUUGCUAGAGAAAGUGCAUUUGGAGAAUUUUGUGGAAUGGUUGCAACCUAAGAUUAAACUUGAAGCUGAUAGUACUUCUGUCGAGUCAUCUGAAAUGCUACAUUACCUUGUUAAAGGGCCAAGGCGUUAUGCAAUGUCUCACUUUGGUUUUAUUAUUAAUGGAAACCGUUUUCAUACUAAGGAGGCUAAUGUAUCUACACAAGACUAUGGUGUGCACAUAGAAGCAGAUACCUUAUCAAAUUACUAUGGGAUAAUCAAACACAUUUUGGUCUUGGAUUUCUACAAGUUCCGUUUGGCCGUAUUCCUUUGUGAUUGGGCCAACAUGACUUCUGGUGUGAAGAAAGUAGAUGGAUUCACCUUAGUUAACCUUCAUGAAGGUUUAAGUAAAAAAGAUCCAUUUAUUUUAACAUCACAUGCUAAGCAAGUUUUUUACUCUAGGGAUAAUGAAAAAUCCAGCUGGUAUGUUGUGUUGACGGCGCCACCAAGAGGUUUUGAUGAUCUCGAACAAUUUGAUGAGAUAUUUUAUGGCUCUACUGUUGAUCAAGAGCCAUCUGCACUUGACAUUGAGAAUAAGGAUGAUGUUGAAUCCUGA